GUUGUUCGCGCACUGAUGUAGACGGCGGUUUAUGCCAUGGCCAGGCAGCAACAGGGCGAUGACACCCCACUGCUGGCUUCCCCAGCGCCCCAUGUGGGAACAACUCCUGAGGCGCCCCCAAGAGAGAGGGGCAUUGCAAAUGCAUCCCUUUCUUGGAGGAAUCUGCUGGUCAACAGCCCCCCGGCCUGGGCUAUGUCACCUGAAAAAACCACCGAGACCCGCAUACCCCCUUUUCCCUGGCCAGCGCAGAAUCUGCCGGUCCCGCGCAGCCCACCACGCCUGGGGCGGGACGCUGCUCGGAUGUCGAAGUUCUCCGAGGAAGAGGACGAAGAAAUCGAGCGCUUCUUGAACCAUUGCUCCUUCUCGUCCACAGCGUCCAGGAGAGAGCACCUGCCAAGAACCCCUUCGCCAAAGAAGGGGCUGGAUGACACGGUCUCGAGCGUCAUGUGGACGCCUCCCCCAAAGCUGGGAGAAGAUGCCAUGACCGCCUCAACGACCUUGGCAGGCAUGUUGGGGUCUGGCACUCGGUCCGCAUCGCGGGCGAGGAGCUGCGAGACCGAGACCCCAGAUCUCACCUCGCCCUUUACGCCGGCCAAGCCCAGAGGAGUCAUGGAGGAUGCAGAGGCCUUGCUGCGGCCAUGCAGCUGCUGCGGCCGGCGGUUCCGGGAAAACCGGCUACCUGUGCAUGAGGAGAUUUGCUUCCGCAAUGCGGCGAAGCAGCGGACGGUCUUCGAAUCAAGUCGUCAGAGAUGCGAAGCAGUGUCCGGACGAUGGUGGAGCGCUGCAGACGAAGCACGUCGGUCCCACACGAUGCCUGCACAAAGAUCGCCAGCCCGACCUGAUGCCCGCGCUUCGCCAGGCAUGCGGCGCUCCCCGUCCGCGCCGACGUACCACGGCGGUAGGCAGUCUGCCUCCCCGGAUGGUCCUUCAAAAUAUGCCGGUGCAGGGCUUGGACAGUCACCGCCCGUUCAGGCGUCCUCGGCGAGGCGGUCCAGGUCAAUGCCGCAGGGGCGAUCCAAACACAGCGAAGGCCGCAGUUCGGCAGCCUGGACUUUCCCACACAGCGCUCAGACAAAGUCUGGCAUGCCCCGUCGCUCGGUCUCGGGCCGAAGGUCUUCCGCCGGCAGCCCACUGCCGAGCUCCCGGGGCUCGGCUUCGACCUUCCCGGGACAUCGGCCAGGAUCCAGGCCGAGCUGGGGGACGGCUCCGGCCAUGCCAGAUGCGCAGGACUCGAAGGGCCGCAUGGGAGAUUUGCACGGACCGAAGACCGGAAGCGGACGGAGUGAUGGAUCUUUGCUUGGAUCAAUCAUUGAGGAUGUCGCGCAGCUGAGUGCCCAAGUCGAAAGGCUCCUGAGUCGGAGGAAGGACUUGCUGCGAGGGGAGGAGAUGAGGAGGAGCGAUAGAAGUGCUGAAGUGCUGGAGCUUUCACCAAGUGACUCGAGCACUGGGCCGGAAGGUGACCGCAGGGCUUGGUGAGGAAACCUUGGUGAUGGCUGUGGAGGUCUAAAAUCUAAAACGCUCGGAGUGAGGCUGCGCAUGCUUGCUACCCACCGCGGCUGUUGCAAAUCAGCUGGUUCGCGAUCAGUUACCCUCUCUCCCACCAAAUGGCAC